UUUUACUAGGUCUAAUAAACGCUUGAUAGAAAACAAUUUGUAGUCGCUUUUAGAUAUUUAUAUCCCCUCACCCAACGCAUAUCUUCCUCCAAGUUCCAAUCUGUGUUUUGUGCGCGACUCUGGCCAAUUAGGGUUUAUCCUGAAGUCAGCUUUUAAGGUAAAAUAAUGGGAGAUGUGGAUGAAUUUCGCUGUUUUGUGGGAAGCCUUUCAUGGUCUACUACUGAUAGAGGUUUAAAAGAUGCAUUUGAGAAGUAUGGUCGUUUGCUUGAAGCAAAAGUUGUUUUGGACAAGUUUUCUGGACGAUCACGUGGAUUUGGUUUUGUUUCUUUUGAUGACAAGAGAGCUAUGGAAGAAGCUAUUGAGGAAAUGAAUGGCAUGGACUUAGAUGGGCGCCCCAUCACUGUGGAAAGGGCUCAACCUACCCAAGGCUCUUCUAGAGACCGAGAUGGAGACUAUGAUCGUGACCGCGGCCGUGACCGUGGCCGUGAUCGUGACCGAGAUCGUGAACGCCCUCGUGGAUAUGGAGGAGGUUCAAGGGGAUCUGGGGGUGGUGGUGACUGUUUUAAGUGUGGUAAGCCUGGACACUUUGCUCGUGAAUGUCCAUCUGAUGAUGGAGGCAGGGGCGGUGGUAGGUAUGGGGGUAGAGGGGAAAGAAAAGGUGGCGGCCACUAUGGACCUGAUCGUGGUGGAGAUCGCGGUGGAGAUCGGUACAGUGGAGGCGGUGGAGGUGGGGGUGGACGUUACAGAGAUUCUGGUAGUCGUGGAGGGUAUGGAAAUGAUAGGUAUAGCCGUGAUCGUUCUGGCCCAUAUGAGAGGCCAGGAGCUGGUAGCUAUCGCUAAGGUUGGGAAAGCUGUGCAGAGGAUGUUGGCUCUACAAGAUACUCGUCAAAGAGAGGGGGAGCUUUUUACUGAGUUGUACCUAGUGGAAGACAUCUUAUGUGGUUUCAGACUUGGAAUGCGUAAUUAGAGUUGCAAUAUUUUCUGUUUCUACAUCAAGAAAGCCAUUUGUCCCACUAUGGGAGUACUUUCUGUUUCAGGUGCUCACUGAUGUUAUGAUGCGAUCUUAUGCUUGCUUGAUGGUGACAUCUGAUUUGGCUCUUUAGAAAUAUGAAUCUUGUUUUCGCUGCCAUACCUGGUUGAUUUUCAUGCA